AUGUAUCUUAAUCUUGGCUUUUACCCUGCUAAGAUGAGUUUGAGAAUGCACAAUGCAAUCUGUUGUGAACAUUAUCAGCUUGAGAAGAGGGCUUAUGCAGCAAGCGAAAUGGGACAAAGAAAUAGAACAGUCGAUUUAGAAAUGGAGCAGCAGCACCAAUCUCAAGCCUCUCUCCAACCAGGGCCUUGCAUCCUUCUAGGCAGCUUUCCACAACAACAACAACCUGAUAAUAGUACUAACCUACCCGCAAUGGCUGCAAGCUUUCCUAAUUUAGAAGCUCCAACCUCCUAUGACAGCUCUGCAAUGUUCUACGGUCUUCCUCAGUACCAUCACCAUCAUCAACUUCAUCAGCCUGCUCCUCCUCCGACGAAUUACUAUGUUCCCUACCCGGCAUUUCAGGGUCCGCCAAGUCAGUUACCGUCCUCAAGCAGUCACGGUGUAAGUUCUGAUCAUGAAUACGACAGGAAUGCUCACUUUAUGGAUCACACACGAGGUGCUUAUAAAAGAAAGAACGCCGAUGGAUUACACAUGAAUCCUCAGUAUUUAAGUACUUUAGCAGCUCCAUUCAAUAAUACACCUGAGACAAUAGCUCCUUUUGGAGCCCCAAGGAGCAGACCAGGAGCUGUUUCAAUGAACCCUGGUCUUCCUCCUCCUCAUGCUCCAAAUAGUUUCUUUCAAGGGAGCUAUCCUGGCCAUCAUCCUCUCCCACCUCCUGGCCCAAUCUGGUAUGACCAACACCAUGGAAGAUCUGAUGGUUCACCCUCGUUUUGGCCCCACCCACCUUACAUGCAUGGUAGUAACAUUGUCGCUGGUUCCAUAGAUUCUAGUAGUAGAAACCCUACAGCAUUCAUGUAUCCUCCCCAGUUAAGCCCGAGGGACCAUUAUUUUCACCCUCCACCUCCUCCUCCUCCUCCUGUACAAGGAGUGAGAGGCCAGAGCGCCACAUUAUACCCUACCAUGGCUUCGUAUGGGUUUCCUCAUGGGAACUUUGCUCCUCAGAACACAAUCAACAGAGGUCCCUCGGGUUCAGAGAUGGGUCCAGUUCAACCAACCGGGUUUCGGAUAUACCAGCAUCAUCAGCGAGAUGAUUCUGUACCUUUAGCAGCGCUUAGACAACACCGUGGAGGAGUUCCUCGGUUUAGAAUGAUGCCUGAUGAUGAAGUUGCGAUAUUGGAGUUUGGAGACUUCCUUGGUGGUUCUGGAAAUAACCACAUUGAUCAUCAUCGAGAUAUGCGUUUGGACAUCGAGGAAAUGUCUUAUGAGGAGCUCCUUGCUUUGAGCGAGCGAAUUGGAACAGUAAACACUGGUUUGCCAGAGGAAGAUGUUAAGAACCAUCUGAAAACAAGAACAUGUUCUGUAAUCAACCAUGCAGAAGAGUCCUCGUCGUCGUCCCCACAAACUAAAGACAGAGGAACAGAACCUUGCACAAUAUGUCAGGAAAGCUUCAAGAACGAAGAGAAGAUUGCAACUUUGGAUUGUGGGCACGAGUAUCAUGCAGAAUGCUUGGAGAAAUGGCUGGUUGUGAAGAACGUUUGCCCAAUCUGUAAAGCAGAGGCAUUGGUCAUGGAGAAGACAACUGUUUAA